AUGGCCACCCACAGCACAAAAGCCGGGCGGCGGCUGCUCCUCCUCGGAGAACACAGCCUUCUGGUCCAUCGGCUCAGAGACACCAGCCAGCACCGGCUGCCGGGCCGGGCGGCCCCUGCUGUGUGCUCUGGGGGUUCUGUUCCAGCUGGUGAUCGGACUCAGCCCGGGACGGACAUCCGUCGUGGCCGGAAACAGCCCCAUGGCGCCCGAGCUGCCCCCAGAGCAAGACUAGAGGCGAAGCCAGCCUCCCUGCCCUGCCACACCAGCCUGGCCCCGGUCACUCAGCUGGGGAUGAUGGUGCCCCUGGGACAGCUGGCCCGCGGAGCCAGCCUGGAGGAGCUCCUGGACAUCUGCAUCCAGGCCUUCGAUGCCGACGGGAACCUGCGCCCCGGCCAGCAGCUGGUGCCCGCGCUGCUGGCCAUGCACCCGGUCCUGCUGCCGUCCACCGAGCUGCUGCGGAAGGUCAUGGGCCUCUACAAAGAGGCCCUGGCAAAGGAUUCCCCUGGGCUCUGCCUGAAGAUCUGCUACUUCGUGAGGUACUGGACCACUGAGUUCUGGAUCAUGUUUAAAAUGGACGCCAGCCUGACGGACACGAUGGAGAAGUUUCAGGAGCUGGUGAAAGCCGCCGGCGAGGAGUCGCACUUACGCCUCAUCGACACCACUCAGAUCAACGCGCGGGACUGGUCGAGGAAGCUCACUCAGAGGAUAAAGUCCAACGCCAGCAAGAAGCGCAAGGUGUCCCUGCUCUUCGACCACCUGGAGCCGGAGGAGCUGUCCGAGCACCUCACCUACCUGGAGUUCAAGUCCUUCCGGAGGAUCUCCUUCUCUGAUUAUCAAAAUUACCUUGUAAAUAGCUGUGUGAAGGAGAACCCCACCAUGGAGCGCUCCGUCGCCCUGUGCAAUGGCGUCUCCCAGUGGGUGCAGCUCAUGGUGCUCAGCCGCCCCACCCCACAGCUCCGUGCCCAGGUCUUCGUCAAGUUCAUCCAGGUGGCUCAGAAGCUCCACCAGCUGCAGAACUUCAACACGCUCAUGGCCGUGAUCGGCGGGCUCUGCCACAGCUCCAUCUCCAGGCUCAAGGAGACCAGCUCGCACGUCCCCCACGAAAUCAAUAAGGUCCUGGGCGAGAUGACGGAGCUGCUGUCCUCCUGCAGAAACUACGACAACUACCGGCGCGCCUACGGCGAGUGCUCCCACUUCAAGAUCCCCAUCCUGGGGGUGCACCUGAAGGACCUCGUCUCCCUGCACGAAGCCAUGCCCGACUACCUGGAGGACGGCAAGGUGAACGUGCCCAAGCUGCUGGCCCUGUACAGCCACAUCAACGAGCUGGUGCAGCUGCAGGAGGCCGCCCCGCCGCUCGAGGCCAACAAGGAUCUGGUGCACCUGCUCACGCUGUCCCUGGACCUCUACUACACAGAAGACGAGAUCUAUGAGCUCUCCUAUGCCCGCGAGCCCAAGAACCACAGAGCGCCGCCUCUGACGCCUUCGAAGCCACCGGUGGUAGUGGACUGGGCCUCCGGUGUCUCCCCCAAGCCCGACCCCAAGACCAUCAGCAAGCACGUGCAGAGGAUGGUGGAUUCUGUCUUCAAGAACUACGACCAUGACCAGGACGGCUACAUCUCCCAGGAGGAGUUUGAGAAGAUAGCUGCGAGCUUCCCCUUCUCCUUCUGCGUGAUGGACGGCGACCGGGAAGGCCUCAUCAGCCGCGCGGAGAUCACAGCCUACUUCAUGAGGGCCAGCUCCAUCUACUCCAAGCUGGGCCUGGGCUUCCCUCACAACUUCCAGGAGACCACCUACCUGAAGCCCACCUUCUGCGACAACUGUGCGGGAUUUCUCUGGGGAGUGAUCAAGCAGGGCUAUCGAUGUAAAGACUGCGGGAUGAACUGCCACAAGCAGUGCAAGGAUCUGGUGGUGUUCGAGUGCAAGAAACGAGCAAAGAACCCGGCAGGUCCCACGGAGGGCAGUGCCUGGACAGGGCCCGUGUCCGGCCUGUACCCGCUGGGAGCCAAACACCUGCUGUACGGUCCCGAGGAAGGCGCGCUGGCGAUCCACGGCGGGGAGCCCGGGGAGGACAGCAAGGACCGGACCAUCAUGCUGAUGGGCGUGUCCUCCCAGAAGAUCUCCGUCCGCCUGAAGCGGGCCGUGGCUCACAAGGCCAUCCAGACGGAGGCCCUGCCCUGCUCUCCUGGGCAGCUGGUGCUCUCCUCCCCGAAGGUGGCCCAGGACACCCUCUAUGUGCCCCCCAGCCCCCCGUCCCCAUGCCCCAGCCCGGUCCUGGUCAGAAAGCGGGCCUUCGUCAAGUGGGAGAAUAAGGAGUCCUUCCUAAAGUCAAAGGAGGAGCUCCGCCGCCUCCCACUGCCGACAUACCAAGAGCUGGAGCAGGAAAUAAAUACCCUGAAGGCCGACAACGAGGCCCUGAAGAUCCAACUGAAAUACGCACAGAAGAAAAUAGAAUCCCUCCGGCUGGAAAAGAAUAAUCAUGUCUUGGCCCAAAUGGAGCACGGAGACUGCUCUUAGCCCACAAACAAAAGCAGGGAUGAGCACCCCCCAUCCUGGACCCUGGGCUCACUAGCAGACCCAAGGUGAUGUCUACAAAAGCAGCAGCCAUGACUGCUCGUGAACGGGAGGCUUCGUACCGCACCGAGCGGAGGAAGGCGGGAAUGUGAAGCCUGUGGCGUUCAUAAUGCAACUCUUUUCUAGAAUGAACACCAAGUGUGCUAAAGUGUGAUGACAGUUUUCUGGGAAGGGAACAGCUCAGGUGGCCUGCUUCUCCCUUAGACCGGCAACCUCGGGGAAAAAGUCUGCUUUCUUCUGAAAGAGGGGCUUUACUUCGUUCCACCCAAAAACCAUCACCCACACCCAGAAUGACUUCUACAGGCCAGCAUUCUUUGUGAAUCUGGUUCUGACCUCACUACCUCAGAUCUAACCAAUCAGCCUCGGUCCUCCCCCCACCCCCUUCCCCAGCCUCUGACCUGAGCACAUGACCCAACUGCACAGCCACUCACACUUGUGGCCUUAAAGUCCUUCCAGAAUAACACACUCACUGCCAGAAACAGCUACCACGUGUUAUACACGAUGGUGAGCUGGCUAAAAUACACAGCAUAAACAUGCUAUCCCAUGCAUUCUGCACUAAGAAUUAGGGAUGUAUGGCUUUAUUAAAGAAACAGUCUAUGAAGAAUGGUUAACCAUUCAUAGUCUCUUUUUUUAAAAAAAAAAAAGUUAAGUUAUUUUAAAGUUUUAUUUGAACUGGAUUGUGCGAAAACUGUCUUCACUAUUAGAAAUAAGCUAAUUGGAUCAGUGUUGUACGUAGCUGACGGCAUGUACAUAUGUGUAUCACAUGUAUAUACGGUAACAGGCAUGCAUGUGUCACUGCAGUUUGUUGCAAGAUGGAGAAAUUGCUUACAAUGUAGAGUAUACUGUUGUGUAAAAUCACAAACACCCUCCUAUGACUCUUCUGUUGGGAAGGUGAAUGAUAAAUAGGUUCAUUUGGUUGCCUGAGCAGCUAUUCACAAACUGUUGUUGGCCUCUUCGUAGUUCUCUCUAGAAAUUUUCUGAUUGUCUGGGGGGAGUGAGACUUUGCCCCCAGCUUGCAAGCUCUGAUGGUGCACUGACUCACACAAGGACUGCUAAGAAUUGAAUCUCAACCAGGUCCCAGACCUGCCGCCACCAGCACCCGGUGUCCCUGCUUGGAGGACUCAGGUUGCACAGGCAGCUUCUUCAUUUGCAUGCACAUCUGUGUAGCGCUCUCGUGACAGAGAACUGGCUUGUGGCCAAACUGGAGUUUUCAAAGUCACUUUACUUGCAGACUCAUCCUUUUCCCAAACCUGAACUCAGAAGUCUCCAAUCCAGGCAGCGCUGCUGGGGUCCCCCGCACUGCAUGAUGCCCUCAGAGCAGCUCUCGUUCCUUGUUUUCCAUGGAACGCGUGAAGACCUGCAUUCACUACAGCUUCUCGAAUGGAAAGGGCCUGGCUCAGGGCUUUUAAACAGCCAUGGAACACAAUUCUUUCUCUUCACCCAGAAUACGGGCCACAGGUUAGUUUGCACAGAAAUAAUCUGUUCUCAUGGCACUGGAACAAAAAAUGUGCCGCAGAAAAGCGAGUGAGUGAACUGUGUCGGCUGCAGCUUCGGGAGCCAGUGGAACCUGAAAGAAUCUGAGACCAGCUGGGCGCCAGUGGCUCACACCUGUAAUCUGAGAGUCACAGUUCAAAGCCAGCCCAGGCA